UGAAAAUUCGCAUAAAGUAAAAAUGUAAUGUGCAGAAACGGAAAAUUUUCCGAAUAGUGAUUUGUUGAAUUGAAGAACAUCAAUCGAUUACUUUCUACGGAACGGAUAGGGUUACUUGACCCUGGUCAGUUGCGUGAAUUGUAACCGGGCCGUAAACAGCGUAGUAAACGAUUUGAUCUACGCCGGCAUCCGCGUCGAGGAAAUUGUAUUUUAAAAUAUUGUAACUUUUAUUAUCUGUCAGGAGAUGGUCGUCGUCACGAAUUGCACGCCGCCGACCGAGGGCGUUCGACACGAGCAGCCGGCGACGGUUGCCGUCAUGAACAAAAAAGAUCUCGGAAAAGGGACGAUCUACAUUGCAGAAAGUUGUUUAUCUUGGGUGAAUGAAGCAACUGGAAGAGGUUUUAGCCUCCAGUAUCCGCACAUAUGCGUCCAUGCUGUGUCCAGAGACACCAGCACUUAUCCAAAAGAAUGCCUUUACCUCAUGAUCGAUGCAAACAUUGACUUUUCUGGAGAGGAACAGGGUUCAGAUGAAGAAGAAGAAGACGCUGAAGAUAAAAUGACAGAGAUAAGAUUUAUUCCCGACGAUAAGACUUCCCUCGACAGUAUGUAUUCAGCAAUGAAUGUCUGCCAGGCCCUUCACCCAGACCCGCAACAGGACAGCCUAUCUGAGGAAGAAGCAGGUGGUCCUGUAGGUCCAGGUGGCGAUAAUAAUGAAGAUGAUGAUGAUGAUGAUGAAGCAUUUAUGGACGCCGAUGAUGAGUGUCUUAACAGAGCAAAUGGUGCAAGAAAUCUUGAGAUGGAAGUAGAAGGGCAGUUCGACAACGCUGAUGAGGUCGAUGCCGGUUAUGAGGAAAAUUAAACCUACCGAUUCCAUUUCCUCCACAACUCACCAAAAAUUGUCAAACCCAUAAACAAACAAAAAGAAUAAUAUAUAUUUAAUCAACAUAUUUUUUGUGAUUUAUUAAAAAUUGCAUUACUUUUUUUAAUAUAAAACAGUAUUUUCUUGCACUUUUAAGACAGUUGUAAAUAUUCUUCACAAGAAAAAAAUACAUUUUGUUUUUAAUUAAAUACAAA